GUAUUAUAUGCAACUCUCUCCUACUGUUAAGAGAAGUUCUCUAUCCCAAAUCGAACUGCACUAUCUUUGGUCGAAUUCUGAACUACACUUUUCUUGCCGGUAAAGAAACAAACUACUAUAACAAAAGGACGACGACUAAACUGAUGCAGUAGAGUAAAACAAGAAAGUGGCAAUGGCUUCCGAAGAUUGUUCAUCUAGUCCAAAAAGUCCUAUGUUACAGCCAUCAUUAUCGUCCGGCGACAGCAACGAAAGAGACAUUUCAUCAAACAGGUGGUGGGCAAACGUGAUCGACGUAAAAGAAGCUAAGAAUCAGUUGCUGUUUUCGUUACCUAUGAUUGUAGUGAACAGUUGUUUCUACUUCAUUAACCUUGUGUCCGUCAUGUUCGCGGGUCAUCUUGGCAAGCUUGAACUUGCUUCGUCAAAUCUUGCUAAUUCCUGGGCUAUGGUUACUGGUUUCUCUUUCAUGGUUGGCCUAAGUGGUGCACUUGAGACAUUAUGCGGCCAAGGAUACGGAGCAAAAAUGUACAGAAUGCUGGGAGUGCAUCUACAAACAUCAUGCAUCAUAUCAUUCUUCUUUUCUACAGUGAUUGCUGUUAUCUGGUGGUUUUCUGAUAUAAUUCUGAUUUUACUCCAUCAAGAGCCUGACAUAGCUAAAGAAGCCGGCGUGUUCUUGAGGUUCCUCAUUCCUGGAUUGUUUGCAUAUAGCUUUCUGCAAAACAUCUUAAGAUUUCUUCAGGCACAGUCAAUCAUCAUGCCUCUGGCUUUGUGUUCAGUUGGAUCUUUGGUUAUCCACAUUGGCAUUGCCUAUGCGUUGGUAAAUUGGACAGGUCUUGCUUUCAAAGGAGCAGCAUUAGCAGCUUCAAUUUCGAUCUGGAUCUCACUCCUCACUUUGGGUAUAUACGUGCUUUUCUCCAAGAGAUUCAGCCAUAUAAGGCCAGUUGGUUACUCAUUUGAGCCAUUUCGUCAUAUUUUAACAAACUUGAAGUUGGCUUUGCCCUCUGCUGCCAUGGUGUGUUUGGAGUACUGGGCUUUCGAGCUACUUGUGUUAUUGGCUGGUUUGAUGCCAAACUCAGGAACAAAUACUUCCGUUGUUGCAAUGUGUGUAAAUACGCAAAACAUUGCCUACAUGAUAUCUUAUGGUCUGAGUGCAGCUGCGAGCACCAGAGUGGCGAACGAGUUAGGAGCUGGAAAUACUGACAGAGCUAAGAAUGCUAUGGUUGUUACUCUCAAGCUAUCUAUUCUUCUUGCCAUUGUAGUUGAUUUUGCUCUAGGUUUUGGGCAUAAUGCAUGGGCUGGCCUCUUCAGCGAUAGCACGGAGAUAAUUCACAAAUUUGCCUCCAUGACACCUCUCCUCUUAAUCUCCUUUGUGUUCGAUUUCGUUCAAGGAAUCCUAUCAGGAGUAACUAGGGGAUGCGGAUGGCAGCAUUUGGCUAUGUACAUCAACUUGGCAACUUUCUAUUUCAUUGGCAUGCCAAUAGCUGGCCUCCUUGCUUUCAAGUUCAAACUCCACGCUCAGGGUUUAUGGUUGGGCUUGAUUUCUGGUCUAGCUUGCCAAUCUUUGGGCAUGUUGCUACUGACUUUUUUGACAAAAUGGGGGAAAGUAGAGGUCUCGACAAAUAACAAUGGAGAAAAUGAACUUCCGGCCUAAGCAUGAGUUCAUGAGAAUAACUUGCAAAUCGCCAUUGGUGGUCUAUCGACGGCCAAUAACUUCUCCUUCAGAUUUUGAUAAUUUUUUAAUUAAUUCAUUGGUUUUGUAAUUUUGAGUAUAUUCAUGACGUGUACAUAAUUUAAAAUAAGUCAGUUUUUUUGCAGAAUACGAAAUGCAUGUAAAUUAUCAUAGUGCAGUAUUAAGGAUGGAAGCAGUAUUUAAGUCUCAAAGAAGGAAGCAGCAGUGAGCAAUAUUUCCAUUCUGUUUUCGCAUUCUGCCUUUGGAGGACUGCUUUUAAUAGCCAUCAAUAUUGACUGCUAAAAGACCACUAAAUUUGAUAUUCCAC